AUGGCUGGCUAUUCAUACCAAUCAUCCUACUCAUCAGGAGGUGCCGGUGGUGCUGCCGAUGCUGUUUUCAACCAAGUCGAUCUUAAUAAGGAUGGACUUAUUGAUCACGGUGAAUUCAGUAGCUUCCUCGGUCAAAAUACCGGUGUUGGCGCUGGCUACGGUGCUAGUUCAUCAUGGGAAUCAGCAUCAUACGGUGCUGGUUUAGGUGCUGGUUUUGCUGUUGGUGCUGGUUUAGGCGCUGGUGGUUCAAGCUUUGAAUCAUCAUCAUUUGGAUCCUCAUUAGGUUCUACUCUUGGUGGUGCUUAUGAUGCAUCAUACACUGUUGGGGGUGGUCUUGUUAGUGGUGCCACUGGUUACGAAUCAGUCUCAAGCGGUGCUGGACUUGCUGGUGGAGCAGUCUUUGAUUCAUCAGCAGCAGCUGGUCACGUUCACUAUGCUACUGAUGCUCGAGGUCUUUUCCAAGAUCCAAAUCCACAAAUCAUUCGUCGUCCAGCUCCUGGUGGUGUACAAACAUACACACAAAAUAUCCGAAUUCGCUUCCUUCAACCACCACCAGUUCCACCUCCAGGUCCACUCAUAAUCAGAGAAGUACGCCCACCUCAACCACCUGUGCCACCACCACUUCGCAUUCGCCAACAAGCUCCACCUCUUCCAACACCACCACCACUUAUUCUCCGUGAACGACCACCAGUACCACCAGCACCUAUUGCAUCUCAAACAGUCAUUCGUCGUUUGGCUGCUUUACCAGUACCACCACGAUCAGUCAUCAUCGAACGUCUUCCAGCCGCUCCACCACGACCACGUGACAUCUUCAUCGAACGUUGGAUUCCAUAUGGACCUCAAUCACGACGACGCACUAUUGUUCAACGUGCUGCUGCUGCCCGAGCAUACGCAGCUCCACGCAAUGUUAUCAUCCAAUAUGAACAAGCUCCAGCUCGCAUUGUUCGCCAAUUCCAUCGUCUUGGUGUUGUUGCAACUAAUCCAGCUGUUUACGUUCAAACAUAUGGUGCUCAACUUCUUGAUGCUGCUACACUUGUUUCACAAGCUCGUGUUGCUGGUGUUGUUGAAGAUAUCUCAGCACCUGGCUUCGUUGGUUACGCUGGCGCCACAUACGGUCAAGAAUCAUUAGGUGUUUCAUCAGGUUUAGCUGGAGGUGCUCAAGUUGUCGAUGGUGGCCUUGCUCUUGGUGGUGGUGUCGGUUCAUCAUCAUUCGAAUCAUCAAGCUUCUCAUCAAGUGGUGGUCUUGGUGGUGGUGUCCUUGCUAGCGGUCUUGAUGGUGGUUAUGGUGCAUCAUCAUUUGAAUCAUCAAGCUUCUCAACUGGUGGUGCUCUCGGAGCUGAUGCUGCUCUCCUUGCUGGUGAUGCCAAUCUUCUCCUCGCUCAAAAUGCUGGAGGAGCCGGUGGUGCAUCAUCAUACGGAUCAUACAGUUCAUCAUAUUCCUAUUAA